UCGAAUUCCCGGCAGUCCUGUUGAACGCGUCAACGGGAGAGAUCGACGCUGAAUUCCACGCGUACGUCCAGCCCCAGGAGCAUCCUGUCCUCUCGGAAUUUUGCACAGAGCUGACUGGCAUAACACAGAAUCAAGUUGAUGAAGGGGUCCCUCUGAACAUCUGUUUAUCACAGUUUUUGAAAUGGAUUCAAAAGAUACAAAACGAGAAGAAAAUUAUAUUCAGUUCAGAUAUUUCAAGUCCUUCUACUUCAGAGGCAAACCCAUGUACCUUUGUGACCUGGACAGACUGGGACUUGGGGGUGUGUUUGCAGUAUGAGUGUAAAAGGAAGCAGCUGCGAAAACCUGACAUUUUAAAUUCCUGGAUUGAUCUCAAGGCAACAUACAGGGCCUUCUAUAAUAGGAAGCCUAAAGGGCUAAGUGGUGCUUUGCAGGAUUUGGGGAUAGCUUUUGCAGGACGGGAACAUUCUGGUUUGGAUGAUUCUCGGAAUACUGCCCGUCUUGCCUGGAGGCUGAUUUGUGAUGGAUGUGUGCUGAAGAUUACUAAAUCUUUGCAUAAGGCACAGCAAUCUGGCAGUACUGUGUCAACAGGCAUGCAGCAAGGAUUGAACAACGGGCAACCUCCGAGUACCACCAGAUACAGCCCUCCAGUACACGGAGCGGGACUAGUGCUUGUCUCCACCACCAUCUCCUCAGUUGUUACCUCCAGUGAGGAUGUCAGCACUAGUUCUGAUUGCUUCUCUCUGCUAACUGACUGGGAAGAUGUUGCUCUAAUACCAGAAUCUCAAUAUGAACAAAAUCCCGACUGCAUUCAGUUCAGAGGCGGCUCAAGGGCAAACACGUUCACAGUGCUGGAAGAGAAAACUGCUUUGAAACAGUCAGCUGUGGUGAGUUCAGGUAAUCGAAGUGUGGAGGAAACCACAGUGCCUGUGGGACCACUGAAAUCUAUCGCUUACAAAAGCCCUGAUACCACUGUCUGUAAUGCAGGAACAGCACAAAGGCAGACUUCAAUUUUGUCAGCUUUUAAGUUACCAUCUGCAAAGGUAAGUGCUAUUUCAGCACAAUCGGCAUUAACUGGAAAUGAUUCUCCUCUGUCAGAGGGUCCUAAAAGAAAACCAACUAGUCCCAAAAUGUUCCCACCAGCAAAAAAACAGUCUUUUGCUAUACAUCAAGAGAACAUGACAUCUUCUGAUCGUUCCUUGCCUUCAGGAAGUUCAAAUCUGUGCAGCAUGUCUCCUGCCAUUCUGAGCUCCACAGUCAAUUUGAAUCGGCCUGGAAGAGCUGUGAAAGAUGGAAACCCAACUCCCCCUCUGUGUAACUGCGGCCGAAGAGCUAAAAAACUCUGUGUGUCAAAUGCUGGUCCAAAUCACGGCAAAGCAUUUUUUUGUUGUCCCGUGGGCAAGCGCGAAGAUAGCAAGAAAGGUUGUGGGUACUUCAAGUGGGAACAUGUGCUUCUGAAAGAGAACUCCCAUGGUCUCAACGUGAAUGCAGGUGCUUUGGCCUCUCUUGGAACUUACGCUGGUCAUGUAGGAAAUUCUUCCUACAAAAAAUAUUUGUGUCUUAGACCCUCUAUGAGAACUUGA